AUGACACCCCUCUGGUUGCCGGUCUGCUGUCUGCUGUCUCUAGGGGUGCAGGGCCAAGACUUCCAGCUGCUGAGGCUGAAGCCCCACAAUCCCUUACUUCCCAGGGGAGGCUCACUCUUGAUGAACUGCAGUACCAGAUGUCAGGAUCCCAAGCUCAUCAGCCUAGAGACAGCUGCGUCAAAGGAGUCUGUGGACCAGGGCCUACGCUGGGCAGCUUUCCAACUGAACGUCACUGGUGACACUGAAAUAAUUUGCUCUGGGUUCUUCAGUGGCUCCCAGAUGUUCAGCACUUCAGACAUCACUGUGUACAGGUUCCUGCAGCAUGUAGAGCUGGUUCCCUUGCCCUCCUGGCAUCCUGUGGGCAGGAACCUCACUCUGCACUGCCAGGUGUUAGGUGGGGAGCCACAGGCCCAACUCACUGCAGUUCUGCUCUGUGGGACUGAGGAGCUGAGCUGGCAACCAGUGAAGGGUGACCCCAGAGACCUCACAGAGAUCAAAGCCACUGUAUUGGUGAACAGAAGGGAUCAUGGAGCCAAUUUCUCCUGCCAUACAGAGCUGGACCUCCAGCCACAGGGCUAGCUGUUCUGGAAUACUUCAGCACCCAGACAGCUCCAGACUUUUGGAAAGGGAAGGGACUUGCUUAGAGAAGGUAGGUCUGAGCUGAGGCAGAGCAGGAGGUUCUUGAGUGAGACCAACGUCACAGAGGAGUCCAUAGUCACCGGGACUUUCACACCUUGGCCCCAAGUCCAGGUCAUUCUGAAAGGCGCUCCUGUGUCUCCACCAGGCAACCCUGCCCAACUUCAGUUCCAGGCCACCAAGGAUGAUGGUCACAAGUUCUUCUUCAAUGCCACUUUGGAAGUGAACGGAGUGAUUCUGCACAGGAAUACCACUGUCCAGCUACAUGUCCUUUAUGGUCCCAAGAUCAAAUGUGACAAAUGUCCCCAGCACUCUUCCUGGAAAGACAGGACCAGUCAUGUCUUGCAGUGCCAGGCCCGUGGCAAUCUGUCCCCAAAGUUCCAUUUACAGGGGGGCUCCAGGCAUGAAAUAUCCAUUGGGACCCCAUUCCUUGUCAACUUAAGCCACAAUGGCACUUAUCACUGCCAGGCAACCAGCCCAAGGGGCAGAGACACCUUGUUCAUAGUGAUCAAAGUUCAAGAUCAGAGUUCCAGGUUGGUCAGCAUUGUCAUAGGGGUGUUAGCCAUCAUAGGCCUGGUGACCAAUGCAGCAUUACUAUACGUCUUUGGGAUGCAGAAACGAAGUGGCAGCUACCUCAUGCAAAACCCAAGUACUACAGUGCCCCUCAGGCCACUGCAGGCUGAGAACCCAGUCCCGGAAAAGAUGUCCUGAGCUUUCAGGUUAAAAGGUCGAUGGAGGCUUGGACUGAAUUCCAUUCCAUACUAACAAAAUUUUCAAGCCUAUGGCUUGAUUAUUUUCCUCUACCUCUGAGACUGGGUCUUAUGUAGCCCAGGCUUGCUAUGUGGCGGAUGACCUCGAAAUUCUUAAAAUUUUAAAAUAUUUUUAUUUUAUGAGUGUAUUUAGCUUGCAAGUACAUAAGUGCCAUGUGGUCCAGUGCCCACAGAGGUCAGAAGAGGACAUUGGAUCCCUUGGAACUGGAGUUACAGAUGAUUGUUAGCUGCCAUGUGGUUACUAGGAACUGAACCCAGGUCCUCUGCAAGAGCAGUCAGUGCUCUUAACAGCUGAGCUACCUCUCCAGUCUCAACCCUGAACUCUGAUCCCUCUCUGCCUCCACCUCCAAACUGCUGGGAUUAAUGGCUAAGGAUGGCCACUGGGUUUUUUGUUUUUCUUUUGGAGUCAAGAGUCUCCCUGCAGCCCCAGCUGGCUUGAA